AAACAAAGAAGAGGUCAGAAAAACACAUUCACAAGAGAGUUGAGCAACGUGCAUAGGUGGGAAGUUUCCAUGAAACUACUUUUGACCUUUGCUCUUAAUCUACCUUCUUGUUUAUAAUUGUCUUUCUUCACACCUUAAUUUCCUGUUCAGAUCUUAUUUCAUCCACAAACACUUUGAUUUUUUUUCAUUUCUUAAUAUCAUCAGACCUCUACAAAAACCUCAGGGUUUAUUGUUCCUUUUUACCUCAAAUUGGGUUUUGUUGAGAUCUGAGAUUUUUCUUAGGUAGUAUUGAAGUUUUUGAGGAUUUAAGGUAACCCCACUUGCUCUUUUCUUGAUUUCUAUGUAAAUCAUUUAUAAAAAUUGGAUCUUGAUUGAAGUUUGACUAGUAUAGUUGCAAUCUUGAAAGACCCUUUUGGUGGUUUAGCUGUGAAAGUUGAGAUUUUGUUGUACUGAUUUGGUUGGGAAAGCUAAGAUUUUGAGACCCUUUUAGUUUUAGGUGAAGAUAAGGAAAAUUGGAUCUUCACCUUUGAGAAUUUGGGGUUUUUUGUUGUAUUAGUUUGGUGGGAAAGUUAAGAUCUUGAGACCCUUUUUGGCUUUUGAAGAUCUGUUCCAAUGGGUAAUUGUUGUGCAGUACCACAAACUUCAGAUGCAGAGGUGAAGAAAAGGGGAAAAAAUAAGCCAAAUCCAUUUUCUGUUGACUAUGCUCCUGGGAAUGGUGGAAACAAGUCCUAUGUGCUGGACAAUCCAACUGGUACGGAUAUUGAGGCUGCGUAUGAGCUAGGGCGUGAGCUCGGGCGAGGUGAAUUUGGGGUUACAUAUUUGUCUACUGACAAAGCAACUGGAGAUGUGUAUGCUUGUAAAUCGAUAUCAAAGAAGAAACUUAGAACUCGAGUGGAUAUCGAGGAUGUAAGGAGAGAAGUUGAGAUCAUGAAGCAUUUGCCUAAGCAUCCUAAUAUUGUUACCUUAAAGGAUACUUAUGAGGAUGAUAAUGCAGUCCAUAUAGUUAUGGAGUUGUGUGAGGGUGGUGAACUGUUUGAUCGGAUCGUUGCAAGGGGGCAUUAUACUGAGAGAGCAGCAGCUGCUGUCACUCGCACAAUUGUUGAAGUGAUUCUGAUGUGCCAUAAGCAUGGGGUGAUGCAUCGUGACCUCAAACCUGAAAACUUCUUGUUUGAAAACAAGAAAGAGACAGCACCAUUGAAGGCAAUUGAUUUUGGUCUCUCAGUAUUCUUUAAGCCUGGUGAGAGAUUUAAUGAAAUUGUGGGAAGUCCAUACUAUAUGGCUCCUGAGGUGCUGAAGAGAGACUAUGGUCCAGAAGUGGAUGUAUGGAGUGCUGGAGUAAUUCUCUACAUCUUGCUGUGUGGUGUCCCACCAUUUUGGGCAGAAACUGAACAAGGAGUUGCUCAAGCGAUCAUUCGUUCUGUUGUGAAUUUCAAACGGGACCCUUGGCCUAAGGUCUCCGACAAUGCAAAAGACCUUGUGAAGAAGAUGCUUAACCCUGACCCUAGCAAGAGGCUUACUGCUCAAGAAGUUCUAGAUCAUCCCUGGAUACAAAAUGCAAAGAAGGCUCCAAAUGUUUCUUUGGGUGAAACAGUGAAAGCAAGGCUCAAGCAAUUUUCUAUGAUGAACAAGCUAAAGAAAAGAGCUUUAAGGGUGAUUGCUGAGCAUUUGACGGUGGACGAAGUGGCUGGCAUAAAGGAGGGAUUCCAAUUGAUGGAUGUAGGUAACAAAGGGAAGAUUGACGUUGACGAGUUGAGAGUUGGGUUGCAGAAACUUGGCCAUCAAAUUCCGGAAUCUGAUGUACAGAUUCUUAUGGAUGUUGGUGAUGUUGAUAAAGAUGGAUUUUUGGACUACGGGGAGUUUGUAGCAAUUUCAGUCCACCUAAGAAAGAUGGCAAAUGAGGAGCACCUGAAGAAAGCAUUUGACUUUUUUGAUAAGAACCAAAAUGGAUAUAUAGAAAUUGAGGAGUUAAGGGAGGCCUUAGAUGACGAGAUUGAAGCCAACAGCGAAGAAGUUAUCAAUGCUAUUAUGCAAGAUGUAGACACUGACAAGGAUGGACGGAUAAGUUACGAUGAAUUCUCUACAAUGAUGAAGACUGGCACAGAUUGGAGGAAGGCGUCAAGACAGUAUUCACGAGAACGAUAUAAUAGUCUCAGCUUGAAACUAAUGCAGGACGGAUCCUUACAAAGCUAGAUAACUUAAGCCAAAGAGUUUGAAAUCUUGAAGAGAACUCACCUUUUGGCUCUCUAAAUUCUUCUCUGCUUUCCUGCUCAACUAUCAUUCUGCCAAUUUUUUUUUAUGUUUAUGUGAAUUUUCUUCUGGGGUUGGAUAAAUAUCAGGUCCCCAACAUUCAUGUGUUCUUUGAGUUGUAAUCAUGUUGUGGUUUUUCUUUCUUUUUCUCUUGGACGAUCCGAGGAAACAUGGUUAAGGAUAGAAAAGGUGAUUAUUGUGGUUGUAUAUAGGUUGACAUGUAUGCUUCAAUUAUUCAGUUAUGGAGAUUAAUUAUUUAAUGAAUAGAGCAUUUCAGAUUCAAAA